UCCAUUUAAAGUUAACGGACUCGGCAGAGAGCAGGGGUUCUGUCCGGCAGCAGAGGAGCUCACAGCAGGCGACAGAAGCAGCAUGUCCUCCCCCACACACCCAGAGGUGAAGGAACUGAACCCUGUCGACUUCAUCCAGCUCCAGCACUACAUCGAGUAUUGCCGUCUGAAGGUGAAGGAUGUCCUGCGGGAGUUUGACGCAGACGGCCGCCUGGCGAGGCACCGGCACGGAGAGUGCAUCAACGAGGAGGGCUUCCAGCUGUUCCUCAAGACCUACUUAGAAGUGGAGGACUUUCCCGUGGACCUCUGCCAGAGACUCUUCCUCUCCUUCCAGAACUCCGAGCCUGUGAAGGAGGACGCCAAGGAAGUCUUCCUGAAAGAUGUUUCGUGUUAUUUCUCUCUGCUGGAGGACGGACAGCCGCGAGACAAGCUGGAGUUCGCUUUCAAGCUGUACGACAGAGACGGUAACGGCGUCCUGGACAGCUCGGAAGUGGACAGGAUUAUCGCUCAGAUGAUGCACGCUGCAGAAUAUCUCGGAUGGGAUGUUUCAGAGCUGAGGCCGGUGUUGAAGGACAUGAUGACGGCGAUCGACGCUGACAGCAGCGGCACGGUUUCUCUGGACGAGUGGGUGGAGGGCGGCAUGAACAACGUGCCUCUACUGGUGCUGCUGGGUCUGAAGAUGACGCAGCAGGAUGGGCAGCACCUCUGGAGGAUGAAGCAUUUUAAUAAACCUGUUUACUGCAACGUGUGUCAGAGCAUGCUGCUGGGAAUCAGGAAACAGGGACUGUGCUGCACCUGCUGUAAGUACACGGUGCACGGCCGCUGUGCUAACAGGAACCCGGCGCCCUGCACACGGACGUAUGUGAAGUCCAAGAAAGAAACCGGGGUUCCUGCUCACGACUGGGUGAGCGGGAACUGCGACUCGAGGAAGUGUGAGAAAUGCCAGAAGAAGAUCAAGAGUCUGCAGGGCCUGACGGGGAAGCACUGUGUGUGGUGCCACACCAUGCGUCAUGAUGAAUGUGCGGACCAGGAGCCGACAGAGUGCAGCUGUGGGGCCCUCAGGGACCACAUCCUGCCUCCAUGGGCCAUUUAUCCUGUUAUUAAGGAGAGACCGGUCAUCGUGAAGAACGGCUGCUCUGGAGCUGCAGACGACAGUGAGCUCAACACCACUCCUGAUGGACAGGUGCUGCAGAUCAGCCCGGUGGAGAACACCCACCCCCUGCUGGUGUUCGUGAAUCCUAAGAGUGGAGGCAAGCAGGGGGAGAGAGUCCUGCACAAGUUCCAGUAUUUACUGAAUCCCCGGCAGGUCAACAACCUGAUCACUGACGGGCCGGGACCUGGCCUCAGCUUCUUCAAAAAUCUGCAGAGCUUCAGGAUCCUGGUGUGCGGGGGGGACGGCACCGUGGGCUGGAUCCUCGACGCUAUAGACAAAGCCAACCUGAUGGUGCGCCCGCCCGUCGCUGUCCUUCCUCUGGGGACAGGAAAUGACCUUGCUCGCUGUCUGCGUUGGGGGGGAGGGUAUGACGGUGAGGACCUGAGUCGGAUCCUGAGAGACAUUGAAGGCAGCACGGAGGUCCUGAUGGACCGCUGGAGCGUUCAGGUCAUCACGGAUCUGAACCAGGAGAAAGGAGACCCGGUGCCGUACGAGAUCAUCAACAACUACUUCUCCAUCGGAGUGGACGCCUCCAUCGCUCACCGCUUCCACACCAUGAGGGAGAAACACCCGCAGAAAUUCAACAGCAGGAUGAAGAACAAGCUGUGGUACUUUGAGUUCGCCACGUCAGAAACCAUCUCGGCCUCCUGCAAGAAGCUGAGCGAGAGUCUGGAGAUCGAGUGCUCGGGCACUCCUCUGGACCUCAGCGGUUUGUCUCUGGAGGGGAUCGCCAUCCUGAACAUUCCCAGCAUGCACGGCGGCUCCAACCUGUGGGGCGAGACCAAGAAAGGGGACGGUAAAGCUGCGGGGGGGCCGGAGGAGCCCGAGGUCAUCGUCGACCCGGAGGUCCUAAAGGUCACCUCCCAAGACCUGAGCGACCGGCGGCUGGAGGUGGUGGGUCUGGAGGGGGCGAUGGAGAUGGGUCAGAUCUACACCGGGCUGAAGAGCGCCGUGAGGCUCGCCAAGACCUCCCAGAUCACCAUCAGGGUGAAGAAGGCGUUACCGAUGCAGAUCGACGGGGAGCCGUGGAUGCAGCCUCCCUGCACGAUCCACAUCACUCACAAGAACCAGGCCAGCAUGCUGAUGGCUCCUCAGGCCAAGUCUUCCGGUUUCUUCAAAUAAAAGGACCCCCUCCUCCCCCCCCCACUCUGGUUUACUGUAAAUAAAUACACUUUUAGGAAUAAAUCAAAUCAGUCUGAUGUUGUAGAAUAAUACCUGCAUCUGUGUAACCGAAGCAUGGCGCCGUACGGACCGACGGUUAGUUUGCACCGUGGGAACAAGAUGUUUUUUAUUACUGCUCCUCUCUCGCGCUGCCUCUGUAGAGUCGUAUUUAAAGUGAAGAUAUAUCACGCUAACAGACUCAGCUUCAUGUGCCUUCACCUCCUGUUCCCUUUAUCUGCGCUGUUCAUAGAAGAACUGCAGAGUGUAGUCGUGCACAUAAUCCACGUGGUGUUGCUGUUCUCUGCGGCUGUUAACCUGCUGUGCAACUAAAUAUUUACUCUGUUUUUGGAACUUUUUUUUCAUUCUACGGAGGCCUGGGAGAGACUUUAGAGCAAAAACACAUGUUUAAAAUAAGUUUAAUCUACAGGUAGAAUUCACUGAUUUGUGCAAAAGGAGCCUUCAUAACUAUUAAUUCAUUAACAAGCAAUUCAAUCUUAAAUGAUUCAUCAUUCGUAAAGUCCUGAGGGAUCAUCAAGGGCAGGAAUUUUAAGGCAUUUUUGGAAGAAUUGAAAUGAAAUUAGGGUUACGACCGGGCAUGUUCUCUCUUAGUCCGUCACUAUAAGUAAUCAAUUUCCCUGUGGAAAACAACAACAACCAGACAACAGAGUAAACAAAAAAUCACUCAAGAGCAGAGGAAACAUCUUAAAUGAACCUGCAGUUAUUACAGUUUGAAAGUGUGUUUGAAAUAGUACAAAUGUAGAGCUGUCCAAAAUUAAACGUCUUAAUUUAUUUAUUGUUCUUAUUGUCACUCCUGGGCCUCCGUACCUUUCACAGAAGAUACUUGAAAGUGUUUUGGGAAACAGAACAGGACAUUGUGUGUGUGUGUGUGUGUGUGUGUGUGUGUGUGUGUGUGUGUGUGUGUGUGUGUGUGUGUGUGUGUGUGUGUGUGUGUGUGUGUGUGUGUGUGUGUGUGUGUGUGUGUGUGUGUGUGUGUGUGUGUGUGUGUGUGUGUGGGGAGGAAUCUGUGUUAUCUAACUUAUUAAUUGAGUUGUGUUUGAGAUAAGUGGUUGUUAUUUAAGUGCUUUAAUCAGUCAUAUCAUUUCAAUAUAUCUGGAUCAUGUAUAAGCCUGAAUUAACCCACUGUGUAAAGACUUUAAUAAAUCACCUUACCUUCA